AUGCAGCGCCGGCACCUCAGGGUCCUGGGGGGAGCCCUCCUAACCUUUCUGUGCGUGGGGCUCCUGUCUCUGCAAUACCACUGGAGCCGGCCCCCCCAGGAGGUGUGGGUAGCCCCUGAGUCCAGCGCCCCGAGCACUGGGCCCCCUGAAUUGCAGAUGCAGGACAUCUUCAUCGCUGUAAAGACCACCCAUGCUUUCCACCGCUCACGCCUGGAGCUGCUGCUCGACACAUGGGUCUCCAGGACCAGGGAGCAGACCUUUGUCUUCACUGACAGCCUGGAUGAAAGCCUCCAGGAGACACUGGGACCUCACCUCGUGGUCACCAACUGUUCUGCAGAGCACAGCCACCCAGCUCUGUCCUGCAAGAUGGCUGCAGAGUUCAAUGCUUUUUUGGCCAGUGGAUUGAGGUGGUUCUGUCACGUGGACGAUGACAACUAUGUGAAUCCACCAGCGUUGUUGCGGCUGCUGUCCACCUUCGCACCAGCCCAUGACGUCUAUGUGGGCAGGCCCAGCCUGAACCGGCCCAUCCAUGCCUCAGAGCCGCGACCCCACAACCGCACAAGGCUGGUGCAGUUCUGGUUUGCCACUGGAGGUGCUGGCUUCUGCAUCAACCGCAAACUGGCUUUGAAGAUGGCCCCGUGGGCCAGCGGCCCUCGCUUCAUGGCCACAUCCGCCCUGAUUCAGCUGCCUGAUGACUGCACAGUGGGCUACAUCGUCGAGUGCAGGCUGGGCGGCCACUUGCACCCCAGCACCCUCUUUCACUCCCACCUGGAGACCCUGCAGCUCCUGGAGGCAGCCGAGCUCCAGGAUCAGGUUACGCUCAGCUACGGUGUCUUGGAGGGGAAACACAAUGUCAUUGAGCUUCAGGGUCCCUUCUCCCCCGAGGAGGACCCCUCCAGGUUUCGUUCCCUCCAUUGUCUCCUCUUCCCAGAGACAUCCUGGUGUCCACAGCUGGUGGUUCGAUGA